AUGGCCCCUCCACCCCCGAGCGGGUCGGCGGCAUACAAGAAGAAAGAUGGCACCUUGACCAUGUCCAAGGACCGCCAGUCGCUCUCCUGGAUCCCGGCGGCUGGCGGUGCGGCGGGGGCGUUGACCAUCGAGGUCAAGAAUAUCACUAAUUUGCAACAGACGCCGGCGAGUAAUCCGAAAGUGAUGCUGAGGAUUUUUGCCCAGCAGCCUGCGAACGGUAACGCACAGGAACAAUACGUUUUCACGUUUACGUCCGCGACGAACGCCCGUGGCGAAGCCGAUGCCAUCAAGGAUGCCCUCAGCGCGGCGAUCCAGGCAGCGAAAGCUGCAGCCGCCCCGACGGCGGUCCCCGGGGAAGGGGUUUCGCCGGCCAUGGCUAUGGCACAUGCCAUCUCGUCCGCGGGGAUGGGGAGACCGGCGUGGGAUGAUGACAACAAGCUCAUCGCGGAUGCGGAGCUGCAGCAGUCGUUGCUCAAGUCCGAUGCCAACCUGCAACGGAUGUUUAUGGAAUCCCUCCGCACCAAGCCCGACACGCUGUCCGGGGCGCAGUUCGUGUCGCAGUUCUGGUCGACUCGGGUGCAUCUGCUGCGGGCCCAUGCGAUUGAGAAGGCGCAGACACGGGGUUCUUACAACGUCCUAUCCACCUUGAAACCUCGUGUCGAGGAUAAUGUGACCAAGUUAAAUAUCAGCAAGGAGCAGAUCCAGCUCAUCUUCACCCAGCACCCACUCGUCAAGCGCGUCUACGAUGAGAAUGUGCCCAAGCUAAGUGAGCAGCAGUUCUGGUCGCGCUUCUUCCAGAGUCGACUGUUCAAAAAGCUGCGCGGGGAGCGGAUCUCCGACACAGACCCUACGGAUAAUAUCUUGGACAAAUACCUCAAGAUCGAUGAACAUGCGGGACGAUCGCUCGAGGCGCACGUUCCGCACUUUAUCGAUCUGGCUGGAAACGAGGUCAACCAUAGUCAACGCCAGGGAAACCGCCCGGACGUCGACAUGCGACCCGCGCCGAUGGACAAAGUGCCCAUCAUUAGGACGCUGAACUCUCUGAGUGAGAAGAUCAUGGCCAACGUCGCGCCCGCUGACCGGGACCCGACGGCGCCGGUGGGCAUGGAUGAGAUCACGUUCAGCGAGCUGCAGCUUCGAGAUCUCCGGGGCGACGAGGAGCAGAACCGCAUUAGGUUGAACAUUCGCGACCAGAGUCGGUUCUUCUCGCAGGCCAAGGAGAAGGACGAGAGUGAGAACCAGAUGUUUGCCAACGUGGACCCGACGCAGAUCAUUAUUUCCUUGCAGACCGACGUCGACCAGACCUUCCCUCCGGACGGCUCGUCAUCCCACCUCGGGCGGCUCGUCGAGCCGGAGGAGGAUGACAGCGACGAGGAAGAGGGCAAGCAGAGCCAGCAAGUCGGAUCCAAGGCGAAUCUGCAUCGGGCGUCGGCUCAGCUCUUCGACGCUAUCCGGGAACGCCGGACGCAGACGGAGACCACGGCCGCCGGUUCAGGGACCUGCGGCCUGUCCCCGGCACUGUUUGAUCGCCUCACCCUGACGCAUGCCACGACAACGGAGUUCUUGCACCAGUUCUGGCAGGCCUUUCUCUCGGGGAACCCCGAUCGUGCCGGCGAGCUGGCCUCCCUCGUCGAGUCGCUGAACCGGGCGAUGGAGCGGGUCAAGGCGGUUGCGGCGGACGCGGAGGCGGAACGGCAGGCCGAAAUCGAGAAGCUGAAGCAGCAUGCGCGGGACGUGCUGGCGGCGACGGGGAAGAAGAUCCGGGUCAACCUGGCGGGCGUCGGGGGCGGCGAAAAGGUGGUCAACCAGCUGCUGGGGCCGACGAUGAAGGCGCUGGACUUGGCCAUCUCUAAAUACAAGGAGGCCCUGGCAGAGGCGACGGCGGCGGAGGCGGCGAGAGAAGAGGCGCCGCAGUCGCUGGCCGUUGGUUCUCCUGCGACCUCCGCCAGCUGCACCUCGCACGCAUCCUGCUUGAUUUCUGCUUCUGCACCACUGCUAUCGUCGUCUCCUGCCGUUGGCCGCCUGCCUGCCAGCCUAUCUGACCAGCAGACGCGCUGGAAGCAGAGGCCACAUCGGCAUCUCAGCCCCGCAAUUGUCUCGCUGCCCCUGUCCAGCCUACGUCGACGUCACACCCCAGUCGCCUGUGAUCUCUCACUGCAAUACCGUGUGUCCUCUUCUUAUGGUCUUCUGGUGAUCAGGAAGGAUGCUCUCGUCCGGUUUCGCCAACGCGCCCGUCUCCAAAUUCCUCGUCGUCUACGUCGUCGCGUCUUCUGUCGCGCUCGCUAUCUUCGACGUCAAGCACCUGGCCCACAUCCAGGUCAGUCCGCAUCUAUGGAGGUAUGGGCAGCUGUCGCGCGUGCUGCUGUGGCAGGUGGCCGGACUUUUCUUGUGACAACGCUGCCCUACACGACCAUCAUCACGCCGCUCCUCCUCGCCCUCGUCCUUCGUCCCCUGUCCUUCAACACGCUCAACUAUCUCCCGUCUGGUCCGACGGCCACGAUUUUUGCUCUCCUGGCGCAAUACCAUGCGGCUGUGCCCCAUACGUUCAAGUAUCGCAUCUCCACCAGCAGUAGCAGCAACAACAAUACUCCUUCCCUGACGAUCCUCCUCUCCGACAAGUCAACUACGUAUCUUGUCGCGGCCCAGUUGGCUUUGUCUCAGUUUCCUGCGACGCUGCUCCCUGCUGCUGUGGGCUGGGCCGUCGGUGUGGCCUGGCGCGCCGACAUCCUCCCGACGUCGCGACGAGGGGGCGGCGGAGGAUGGCGAGUUCCGGCCUGGCUGGUGGGCGAGAAGGAGCCCGUGCGACGGCGCUCACCUGCAGGAGCAACAGCCAGCAGCAGCGGUGCUUCGAUCAGUGGGGGAGACAGUGAGCGGUACGAGGACCUGCGCAGACGCCUGGACGCAGCGUCGGCAGCAGCAGCAGCACAGGCGGCCGCCAGCAGUGGAGUGGAGGCGUCGCAGCAGCGGCAGAGACGGCCGUUGCUGGAGAGAUUUCGGGGCGUUUUCUAG